AUGAAAGCUGACAAUCUUACGAUACGCUCAGUAUCAUCAAGACCAAAAACACCCACGAUACUACCUACAUCUUCUGCGGAUGUCUUUCUCAAUCGUAGUACCUCAGAGGCCAACUACCCUCCGCGCCAGGCAUAUACUGAAUUUUUGUCGCACACCAACAAUGACUGGAACGCAGGAGGUGACGCAGAUGAUAACGACUCUAGAUUUGAUACUGAUGAUGAUGAUGAAUUCAGACUGCCCAGCAUGUCAAGCAUUAAACGGAAAACUAAAAAUUUCACUCCCGGCAAGCAAAUGAUUCUCGAAAAAGGCAACGUAAAUCUAGGUCACGGACUACCAAAUGGUGGCUUUAGCGGGUUAGCAUCACGAAGACAAUCAAACAGCACUGACAUUGCAAUUGAGAGACCGACCCCGACAUACCCGGUGCCUAAAAAGAGUGAGGGUAAGAUAUUGAGGCCACAGUACAAAGAGAUUCUUCGUGAUCCAGCAAACUCGCUGCAUUUAAUAAACCACCCACCUCUCUCUUUGAAUGCAUUACAAAAAGAAAUCGAUGUUCAUUCGGCAAGAAUUACGAGGAUCAAUAAGUUCAAAAAAAUAUUGCAAGCAACUUCAAUAAGUCUGACAGGUCUGAGAGCAGCAGCGUGGUCUGGUAUCCCUGAAGAAGUAAGAGCUAUGACGUGGCAACUUCUUCUUGGGUAUCUACCGACAAGUAGUGAACGUAGAGUACUAACAUUAGAGAGGAAGCGAAAGGAAUACUUGGACGGCGUACGUCAAGCUUUUGAAAGGGGUGGAAGUAGCACAAUUUCCACAGGGAAAGCUAGGGGCUUAGACGAGGCAAUAUGGCACCAAAUUAGUAUUGAUGUUCCUAGAACCAAUCCUCAUCUAGAACUUUACGGUUACGAGGCAACACAACGAUCAUUGGAACGCAUAUUAUAUGUUUGGGCGGUGCGACAUCCGGCGAGUGGGUAUGUUCAGGGUAUAAAUGACUUGGUGACACCAUUCUGGCAAGUGUUUCUUGCAAGCUACAUAACCGACUCGGAUGUUGAAAGUGGGAUGGAUCCUGGACAGUUACCGAGAGCUGUACUGGAUGCAGUUGAAGCAGACUCAUUCUGGUGCCUAACAAAAUUAUUAGAUGGGAUUCAAGAUAAUUAUAUCUUUGCGCAACCUGGGAUACAGCGUCAGGUUGCAGCACUCCGUGAUCUCACGGCCAGGAUCGACGAACCGCUUGCGAAUCAUUUCAAAUCAGAAAGCAUUGAAUUCAUUCAGUUCAGCUUUAGAUGGAUGAACUGUUUACUAAUGAGAGAGAUAAGUGUCAAAAAUACCAUUCGAAUGUGGGACACGUAUAUGGCCGAAGAACAAGGCUUUUCUGAGUUUCACCUCUACGUCUGUGUAGCAUUCUUAGUCAAGUGGUCCGACAAACUACGUACUAUGGACUUUCAAGGAAUCAUGAUGUUUUUACAGGCUCUUCCCACUAGAGACUGGACCGAAAAAGAUAUCGAAUUACUUCUUAGUGAGGCCUUUAUCUGGCAAUCACUUUUCAAAGGUUCAUCUUCUCAUCUAAGAGGAGGGUCAGACACAACACCUUCAAAUGCUGUCGGGUGA